AUGCCGGCCGAGUGCUUGGCGACUAUGCCUUGUCAACACAAAUAUUGCAGCCGAUGCAUGAAGCAGAUGGUGCUCACGGUUAUUUCCGAGGAAGGGCUGUUCCCACCCCGAUGCUGCAAGCUGGAUAUCCCAGUUGAGACGAUCCUGCCCGUGUUGACGCCCAAAGAAAGAAGCUUCUACAUCUUGAAAGCGCAGGAGUAUGCGAUCCCGGCUGCAGAACGCUGGUACUGCCCAGCGGCGACGUGUGGGCGCUUCAUUCCGUCGCAGCAUGUGAAGAGCGCAUCCGCAUCGCAGACGUGCCCUUACUGCAGCACCAAGAUAUGUUCAGGGUGUCGCGACCUGGCUCAUUCGUCGCGAGGAUGCUCACCGGAUCCCGGCCUUGCUGCUGUUCUUGAGGAGGCCCGAAUCAAGCAAUGGCGGCGAUGUUAUGAUUGCGGCUCCAUGGUCGAGCUUGUCUCUGGAUGCGAUCAUGUCACCUGCAGAUGCAAGGCACAAUUCUGUUACAAAUGUGGCGAUCCUUGGUCUGCUUGUGCCUGUGCUGCGUCCGGAAAGCGACCCGCGGAUUUCCUGGCCGUGCUUAUCGGACACACCAAGUUGAGCAGAGACCAGGAGGCCGAGCUGUCUGCGGUGGUCACUGCCAUCCUCCGUAACGAAAGACUCCGUGAUGAGGAGGCGGCGGCCAAUGCCAAAGCUAAGACGGAGGGGACUCGCAGGGAGAGCAAGAGACUUUCCCGAAUGAGCAUAGACUUACUGCGCCGAGACAUCAUUCUAUGA